UUUGAAAAACUUUACCGCCAUAAUACGAUUAUAAUACGUGACAUAAUACGCGCGAUCCGUAUUAACUCUGAUAUUAGUCGGAUGGAAUCCAUUUGAUUCAUCAACUAGUUUUAGUCGUUGCACGCAGUCUUUUACAUCAUUGAUCUCAUGCUGACUCGCGUGAGUGUAAUAAUGAGAAGCGUACGAGAAGUUCCUUUCUAUCUCACUUCUUUGUAGCAAAACGUUCGUAUCGUGCAUUAGAAUGCAAGCACUGCUUAUUAUGAGCAGUGUUUGCCUUAGAUGAUUUCAGAUUCAUCUAGAUCAGAUGAAAGUCCGGUGAAUCAUCUUAGAUGGUUUUGCUUCUCAUUUAUCUAGAUGAAAGAUAAAUGGCUUAUCUAGAUAUGCGAAAUGCCAGUUGAAUCAUACACACGAUUUCCAAAGCGAAUUAUAAAUAUUUGUCUCCGUUUUCUUAUCUCGGCAAAUAUUUGACGCUCUGCUGAUUCAUAUUAUUUACAUAUUUUCGUUCGCAUCCGCCGGUUUGCGCGGGCUAAUUGACGACAGUGCCGUGAACGUUCGCAAGGAUUUUCGACUGCUCGAGUUUUAAGGAUCCCUCGGACGUUAAUUAACAUUCGUUCGCCGACGCGUUGAGGCAGGAAACGCCGUAAUAAUCCACGCGUGAGCGCGCACACUUAAAUGGAAGCUCCCACAUCUGGCGGACAGACCGCUCCAUUAUAAGCGUCGUCCGCCUUUGUCCCACCUCGGCUCGCUUUGACCGAAGUGUCUCGUUAGUUUGUCCGACCCCAUGAGCAUUGUCGGAACUGUUAUACUCGAAAUCUUUUUUACACGAUGGUCCGUGCGAAGAAUCUCUUCGAUCUCGAAUUUCACGGGCUUGAAUUUCACAGAUAAAACCGAUAACCAGUGUUUACCAUAGAUCUAGAUGAAGGCGAGAUGAAAAAUUCGUCUUAGAUGAGAUGACUUUGCUUUUAAUUUAUCUAGAUGAAAGAUAAGUAGUUAUUGUACUUACGCUCGGUACUAUACAGUAGCCCAAAUAUGGAGUGUAGAAAUUAAUUUCUCCUCUUUUUUCUUUUUUAAUUGAAAUACGAAGGGUAAAUUGCCUAAUGUAUUGUUUGCCAGACGCCAUCGUGUUUAUUGCGCUCACGGUAAAUUGUUUUAUUGUGUUAGCCCUAAAGCCCCUGGCGGCAAAAACUUUCCGCUUAAAUAAGUGUUAUAAUUGAUUUAAUAUUAGAGUCGAGAAUGUACACCUAAUAAUAUAAGGCGUGACAGUAUAAUAAUACGACCGGUCACCGGCAGUCAAUUGUUAAUUAAUCAAAUUAUUCAGUCUGUUGGAGCACUAUUGAUGGGAUUGGUCGGUUGGAUGUUAAUCGAUCGGGAUACGUUCCUGAUGUCGUACGCCGAGGAGCGACAAAAACUCGAAGUGUCUCUGUUCCUCAUGCUCGGUCUGGGGAUUAUCUUGGUCUUCGUUGGCAUAUUGGCCUGCUGCGGCGUUUGCAAGAAGUCUCGAUGCAACUUGACGACCGCCUUCUGCGUAAUGUUGGUUAUCAUCGUCUGGCAGACCUCCUUCUCAGUCUGGGUCAUGUUUAACUCCGACUAUUUGAAGGAAAUUUUAAAGUCCAACAUGAUAAAUACCAUAAAGAAUGAAUAUGGUGUGAUAGAAUCUCGCACGCAGGUGGUGGACGCGUUCCAAUACGAAUUGGAAUGCUGCGGGUUCACCGGACCCGCGGAUUGGGCCGGCAGCAAGUACGCGAACAAGGAUCCAUCUCUUCCUUUCAAUUUGACUGUUUCCGGCGCCGUCAACAAUAUAUACAAUGUGCCAGAGUCGUGUUGCAAGAUGACCGACCGGAACAUUUGCAACGACACUCGUCAAUUGAAAAUCGGCGGAAUCGUGAACUCCGCGAUCCACAGCGAGGGCUGCAUGGAUAAAUUAACGACCGAACUGAUGAGACAGACCACCAUAAUCGGCAUCAUCUCAAUAGGCUUCGGGCUGCUGCAGGUUCUUUUCGUAUGCACCUGCAUAAUAUACGCACAGACGUUUAAGGCAAGAUACAAGGAUUAAGCUGGUAUAUAUCUUCGUCGCGUUUCGCAAAACAUUCUUCCUCGCCGAACGUCUCUCCACAAUAUCAAUACGGACAGUCGAAUUUCUUCUCGUUUCCAUAUCGACGCAACGGCGGCUACUUCGUAAAUUACGCGUUAUGCGAUGAAUCGGUACUUUCUAUUUAUUUCUCGCGCAGAGCAUGGUAAACGAGAGACUUGUUCGUGAAAACACGGGUCGUCAUCGGGGCGUCGUUUUCGACACGGACGACCGUAUUCAUCACUCUGUUUCAUUGGUAUGGCAUUUAUUUUGAAACCAGGACUGGCUCGUUCGCGUUCUCUUAACGCUUCAUUAUUCUCAGCGAAUAAUUCAAUGUCUGUAAUAACGAAUCUGUACUUUUCUACAUACGUAAGAUCGAUUUGUGUAAAUUCGAUUCUUUUAUGAAGGGGUUAGAUAGACUUUUGCGUAUGUAUAUACAGCAUAAAAGUGACGUUUAUCACAAGAUAAUUACUAUCAGGAGCAAUUUAUCCUUUCGAUGGAUUUAUCUGAGAAAUCGUCGAAUUCGGACCGACGAUUCCUUACACACAUACUUUCUGUAAUUGUGUAAAACAAUAUUAUGUGUAGAUAUCAACGAUAUCUAGCGGAGCUAAAGAAGAAUCUCGAUUUUUUUUACCGACGUACACUCGCUCGCGAGACGCACACAUUUGUUUUCAAAUAUGCAUUGUCUCGAAAAAUCAGAAUCUCGAAUUUCGGAAAUUGAAAUUAUCUCCCAAUAAUUUGUAAUACCGAAUCUUGAAUAUCAAAACGAUGUAUCCCACGUUACAAAUUUCCCGAAUUAUUUCAUUCGGCGGGAAAUUUGUGUUAAUUUUACCUCGAAGACAAUACGUACUGAAGUAUAUUAAUUAUGUAGCCACAUAUGGGCAAAAUUCAUAUAUAAUUAUAUAUAAUUAUAUAUAAUCAUAUAUAAUCAUAUAUAAUCAUUUUGUUCCCAGGCUAUUCCAUCGAAAAAAAGUGCAUGCAAACUGUCGUGCGAGUGUAUGAAUGAUUGGAUGUUAAAAAUGUAAAGAUAUAAAAGGAAAAAGGAGAAAGAAGAAUGUUAUCGCGAAUUUAUACAUGACGGACGUUUAUUAUAUAUAUAUAUAUAUAUAUAAUAUAUAUAUAUAUAUGAUUUUUCUCACAUUACUACCAAAUGCUCUUCUAUAUAUUUAUAUAUAGAAAUGUAUAUAUACGUACGUGUAUACAUAUAUUUUUCCAGUUUGAAAAGACUUGUAUAAAAAUAGAGGCAUUUAAUUUUUCGCAAUGAAACCUACGUAGUUAGGUUUCUCUUCGGGCCAAAGUAGUAAACCAAACUAGCACGUCGCGCCGGCGAAAACGAAGCGAAAAAAAAGUUUUACUUUCAACGACACACGAACAGCUGCUAAUGACACGCGUGACACCUAUCAGGAAUACAUUACUUUUACAACAGAA